AAGAAACAUUAACAGUGUAAGUAUGAAGUUUUUGCGCAAACUGGAAGCAUUUGCCCUCGCCAUCAUAUAAAACAUAUGAAAUGUUUAUAGUUGUUCUUCAUUGUACAGCUGAAUGGUUUGAUCCCUGAACUCUGAGAUCUAAACCUGAAAUGACAGGUGGCACAUUAAUUCAUCGGUUCAAAUGACGAAGUGAAUAUGUGAGGUUGAUCUAAAAGUUUUUAUACUGCAUCUGGAAACAUGAGUUAUUAAGCAAGAGCAAGCGCAGCAAAGCAAAAGCACUUUAAACAGAAUUAUUCACGUGAAAUGUGAGCCUGCUCUCCUGUAGUAAAUGUGACUCUUUGCAGUCAGUCUUGCUCUUUUCAAACUCCACAUAUUCUCACACAAGUGUUUGGCUUUUUUUUUUUUACGCUCCCCGCCUUUCAGUCAGCGCGGAGGAGCCCCAGGAGCUUCGGUGAUCUCUUUUAUGCUCCAAACUUCUGUCACGGCGUGUGAAGGCGGAUGAUAAAUCAGUGCAUUUGGUGCUUUUGUCUCCUAAGUAACGCCGUGCGGAUGCAAAAACUGCAGGCAUAACGAGCUCUGUCCCUCAUCGGCCAAUUUGUUUACGGCCAUUUGCGUACGGUCAUGAUCUUUUUACUCGGUGCUUCCUGAUCGCUUGCUUGUUGUUUUAAGUAGGUUUGGUCUUUAAGCUCAAAAAUCUUGAGCUCCACCACAGGAAUACCGACAGUCAAGACUGAAAUCUGACUGAAUGCUUGUCGUCAAAGCCUUAAAGAACUUUGCUUGACCCCAUCCUGACCUGAAACGCUGGAAUUAUCCAGUCGAGUCAUGCAGUUAUUCCUUAUUAACACAACCACAUGUGCAUAUUAGUGAUAACCACCGCUGUGGCCCAACAGGUGAGGUCAGCCUAAAUCACGGCUGAGCUCUCUCUUCCGCAUGUUGUGGUAGGAUGCCCUGGUUCUCCCAACAACAACACUUUGCAUGCCCAUUUCCAUAUAUUCCAUCCGCACUGGGUGGGGUGCGUCGACGGAGUGGGGGAGAUUUAGAUUUGCUCAGUCACUCGACUCCAAUCAUUUGUGAACGGUCACAGCCCCAACCUCAACCUGGCAGGACCUCGUCUCCGUCGCCCGUAGCAGAAGACGAUGGAGAUGGCGAUAAAGGUAGAUUUUGUUGCUUUCCCAAGGAUCCGCUGAACGAUGUUGAGACUUGGAGCGAAUCCGUGGAUAAAGUCCUCGGUUGCAAAGCCGGACAGAUUGCGUUCCGGGAGUUCCUGAAGUCGGAGUACAGUGAGGAGAACAUCCUGUUUUGGCUCGCCUGCGAGGACUACAAGAAAAUCAAAACGGUCCCAGAGAUGAUCUCAUCCGCCAACAGGAUCUACUCCGAGUUUGUCCACUCAGAAGCACCCAGACAGAUCAACAUCGACUGCACUACCAGAGAAAACAUCACAAAGAACAUCUCCCAGCCGACUCUGACGUCUUUCGACACAGCGCAGAAGCUCGUCUACAGCCUGAUGGCCAGGGAUUGCUAUCCACGCUUCCUAAAAUCUGACAUCUAUCAGGGACUCCUGAGGAAAGCCGACUCCAGGUGACUGUUCCGAUGGAAAAGGUCCCGUGAAAACCUCCUGCUGGGCUGCGAUGCCGCGUGGAUAACCGGUUUAUCCCGCAUCACCCCAUCCUGGAGCAUAGGGAAUGUAUCUUUACUUCUUCUCAGCCUGUGUGGUCCUGUAGUGAGUUGCAGCUCUAGAGAAUGUACUGUUUAUUUAUGUUAAGACGAAGGUAAUCCUGUAGGAAACUGUGCACAUUCAUCUUCCACAAUGAUCUAUUUCUCUAGUCUAUGACUACACAGAAUCAGUUCCUUUAUUCUAAAGUAUUAUCACAAUUUUGAUUGAUUAUGCAGAAAGAAAUGCUGAUUUGUUCUGCAGGCUUUUCUCUCCAUUUUAAUAUGCAAACACAGUUGUAUCUGUCUACUUUACCCUCUAUUUAAAGUUUAUUUCUGUUUGCAGCUUUAAAACAUCUUACAAACUAAAUCUGUUCAGCUUGGGUGUGGUCCUUCUGAGUAUAAUGCAAAUGAACGUUAAUGAUUUGCAGGAUG